AUGACCAACCUCUUGAGAAGUGUUGUCACUGUCAUCGAUGUUUUCUACAAAUACACCAAGCAAGAUGGGGAAUGUGGCACACUGAGCAAGGAUGAGCUAAAGGAACUUCUGGAGAAAGAGUUUCGUCCAAUUCUAAAGAACCCAGAUGAUCCAGACACAGUGGAAGUCAUCAUGCAUAUGCUGGAUCGCGAUCAUGACCGAAGACUAGACUUCACUGAGUUUCUUUUGAUGGUAUUCAAGCUGGCUAUGGCAUGCAACAAGGUUCUCAGCAAAGAAUACUGCAAAGCUUCAGGGUCAAAGAAGCAUAGACAUCAUCACCGACACCAAGAGGAAGAAAGUGAAACAGAAGAGGAAACACUGGGACAGAAAUCAGGUUAUAGACAUUCAAGUUGGAGUGAGGGAGAGGAGCAUGGAUACAGUUCUGGGGGUUCAAGGGGAACUGGGAAACAUAGACAUGGAUCCAGCGCCUGGAGGCUGGGAAGGCCAGGUAAUCUAUCCAGUUCUGGGAACCAAGAGGGAGCUGAGAAAAGGUACCAUGGGUCUACCUCUGGUCACUCAUGGAGUAGUGGCAAAGAGAGACAUGGUUCCUCCGGCUCUGAAGAGCUGGAGGAAAGAGGAAAAAAGUCACAUGUUAGUCCCUCUAGGGAAUCUGGGGAGGAAUAUGAAUCUGGAUCUGGAUCACAGAGUCAGGGAAGGAUAGGUCAUGGUGGUCUGUCACAUGGACUGGAGACUAGUGGGCAUGAAUCAAACUCUACUCAGUCAAGAAGGAGUAAAGGAAAAAAACUUGGCUCUAGCUCUGUAGGUUCAGGAGACUGUGGGAGACAAAGUUAUGCAUGUGGUUACAGUAAUUCAGGUGGGUGUGGAAGACAACAAAAUGCUUCUAAUUCUCAUCAGGCAAGUAGAUUUGGAGGGCAAGGAAAUCAGUCUAGCUGUACCCAAUCAUGUUGUGAGUCAGGAAGUAGUGGAAGACAAGGUCAUGGCUGUGUCUCAGGAGGUCAGUCCUCUGGAUACAGUCAACUUGAGCCUAGCUCCUGCAGUCAGUCCUCUAGUCACAGAGGAUAUGAAACUAGAGAAUGUAAUCAACCACAGAACUGUGGAGGACAACAGAGAAUAGGCUCAAGUCAGUCCUCUUGCUGUGGACAAUACGGGUCUGGACCAAGUCAGUCUGGUAGUUAUGGCCAACGUGGAUCUGGUUCUUGUGGACACCAUUCAAACUCUUGUCAAAAAGGGUCUGGUUCUAAUGAAUUUUCCCAAUGUGGUCAACAUGGGUCUGGUUCAGGUCAGUCUUCUAGGUAUGAGCAAAAUAAAACAGGCUUGAGUCAGUCCUCUGGCUUUGGACAACAUGGGUCAGGCUCAGGUCAAACUUCCUGUGGCCAGUAUGGGUCUAGAUCAAGUCAAUCUUCUGGCUAUGGCCAGUAUGGGUCUAGCUCAGGCCAGUCCUCUGGCUUUGGACAACAUGGGUCAUGCUCAGGUCAGUCCUCCGGCUAUGGCCAACACGGGUCUGGCUUUGGACAACAUGGGUCUGGCUCAGACGGGUCUGGCUUUGGACAACAUGGGUCUGGCUCAGGAAUGAAUCAGACCAUCCCACAGAGGGUGGCUCCUCCCUGGUCUGGCUUGCGCUAUAAAAAGGCCAUUAUCCCAGACUUCUGUACCCAGCAAGCUCCUUCGGGCUACGUCCUGUUUGCUCUUCUGGUGAAUAAGAAUCCAGAUGACCCAGAUAUUGCUGAUGUCUUCAUGCAUAUCCUGGAUAUAGACCACAACAAGAAAAUAGACUUCACAGAGUUCUUUCUGAUGGUAUUCAAACACAGACAAGGUAGUGGGAAAAAGCAUCAUGAGGUAAAUGGAAAAGAGAAAAAGAGGUCAAACUCUACUGAAAAAGGAGAGAGACGGCACAAGACACAUGUUACUCCUUCAAACACAGAAGAGGAAGAAGAAGGUGAAUUUAAUUAUGAAAAUGGAGGAAGAAUGACUACAGAAUGGAAACAAUUAGGCUAUGGUGACUCAUAUUACAUGAGAGAAGACGAUGCAUCCGUUAACGAUGACGUUGAUUUGAGACAAAAUGAAAAAAGAAACAGGUCAAGAUCUAAUGAUCAAGAUAUACCACCUCAGAGAGACAGUUCCAGACACCGACAGUCUGAGCAGGCUCGAGGAUCUGGGUCCAGGACAAGCGGACACCGGGGAUCCAGCGUCAGUCAGGACAGUGAGAGUGAAGGACACUCGGAAGACUCAGAGAGACAAUCUGGGUCUGCUUCCAGAAGCAGCUCUAGACACUCACAGUCUGGGCAGGGUCGAGCAUCUGGAUCCAGGGCAAGCGGACACCGGGGAUCCAGCGUAACUCAGGACAGUAAGAGUGAAGGACACUCGGAAGACUCAGAGAGACAAUCUGGGUCUGCUUCCAGAAACCACCCUGGCUCCGCCCAUGGCCAGUCAAGAGACGCCUCUAGACGCUCUGGGUCUCAACAACGGGACAGAGCCGGUCGCGGACAGUCUGAGUCUGCCCACGGACACUCUGCAGACAGCUCCAGACAGUCAGGCUCUCGUCACGGAGAGACUUCCUCUCGUGGAGAGGCUGAGUCUUCCCAUGGGCAGUCAAGAUCAAGUGCAAGAGGAAGACAAGAAUCCCACCACGCGCCGUCAGCAGACAGCGCCAGACACUCAGGGGCUGGACGUGGACAAUCAUCCCCCGCAUCCCGGGCAAACAGACACCAGGGAUCCAGCGUUAGUGAGGCCAGUGAGAGUGAGGGACAAUCAGAAGACUCAGACAGUCAGUCAGUGUCAGCCCACGGAAGGUCUGGGCCCAGUCAGCGGAACCCACAAGAGUCCGCACGUGGACGGUCAGAGGAAAGGUCUAGACGCUCAGGGUCUCUCCUCUACCAGACACCCCCUCCUGAGGAGUCUGAGUCCUCCCAUGGACAGCACGGAUCCAACAGUAGAGGGAGACAAGGAUCCCGCCGCGAGCAGGCUCCAGACAGCUCUAGACACUCAGCAACUCAUGAGGGUCAGGCAAGCGCUCAUGGGCAUUCAGGAUCCGGCAGAGAAGGAAGGCAGGGGUCCCGUCACGAGCAAUCAGGAGACAGUUCUCAACACCCAGGGUCCCGCCACCGCCAGACAGCCGCCCAGGGAGGGUCUGAUUCUUCCCAUGGUGAGGCAGGACACAGAAGUGCAAACAGACAAAGGUCUGGCCACCAACACUCGGGAGACACCGCUAGGCGGUCAGGGUCUCGCCACCAAGACACAUCCCCUGACGCAGGCAGCUCUAGACACUCACAGUCUGGGCAGGGUCGAGCAUCUGGGUCCAGGGCAAGCAGACACCGGGGAUCCAGCGUCAGUCAGGACAGUGAGAGUGAAGGACACUCGGAAGACUCAGAGAGACAAUCUGGGUCUGCUUCCAGAAACCACCCUGGCUCCACCCAUGGCCAGUCAAGAGACGCCUCUAGACACUCUGGGUCUCAAAAACGAGACAGAGCCAGUCGCGGACACUCUCAGUCUGCCCCUGAGUACUCUCACCACACUUCCAGUACAUCUGGUUCCAGGAUAAGCAAAUAAGGCGGAUCCAGUUACAGCCAGUCCAGUGACAGUGAAGGACAAUCGGGAGACAGGAAAAGAAAGUCUUUUCCUUCCCAUGAUGAUAAGGAGUCUGAGCUAGCACAAGACUCCAGUCAUGGGAAAUUAGGAUACAGUCCAGAGUUCUAUCAGGCAUGGAUAUCUACUCAUAGGCAAUCAUCUUCUAUACACAUUAGAUCCACAACAAGAAAACAUCAGAGAUCCACUACUGGUCAAGCCCAUGACAGUGAAGGACAAUCAGAAGAUUCAGAGAGACAGUCAGAAUCAACCCAUGGAUAG